CGCGAGCAUCCCCCCAGAGUCCACCUCGAUGUCACGGGCGCCCGUCGCCGCGCCUCAGGGCACUCGGCGACCACAGCAGCAGCGGCCAUGGCGGACGGUGGCCACCGCGGAGCCCGGGCGCCUCGUUGCGUCGCGCGGCGCCCAGCUAAUCAGCGACGAUCUGCUUGAGCGUGACCACGACGACAGAGUCCCUGGCGGGGCGGCAGGAGCCGGCACGGUCUGACGACAGCACGACACGACAGGCUGGCCCGAGCCCAACGCGGCCCGGCCCGAAGCACGGACGCGCCGUGCCGGGCUAGCCCGACCCGGCCCAAGUCUCCGCAUAACUCGAACAUGGAUGCUCUCUGGAUCUGGGGAUGGUCAGCUUGUCUUGUUGUCCAUCCUCACCUUGCAGCGUCCGUCCACUCUUGUCCGGCGUCACAGCUCACUCCUUCACCAGCAGGCAGGAGCUAGUGCUGCUGCGCGUUGGCCAUGGCAGCGAUGAAGCCCGUCCUGUACAGCGCGGCGAUCAGCUCCUGCUCCUACCGGGUCCGCAUCGCCCUCACCCUCAAAGGCGUGGAAUAUGAGUACAGGGCGGUGGCAUGGAAUGAUACAGAGUAUGAGAAAAUCAAUCCAAUUAAGUAUGUGCCAGCACUACAAGAUGGGGACAUAUUGGUUUCAGACUCUCUUGCAAUCAUAUUGUAUCUGGAAGACAAAUAUCCCCAGCACCCUCUUUUACCUCAAGAUCUGAAAAGGAAGGCUCUUAAUCUGCAGAUUGCAAACAUUGUGUGCUCGAGCAUUCAACCUCUUCAGUGUUACGCUGUUAUCGGGUUGAUUAAUGGCAAAUUGGCCUCCGAUGAGAGCCUUCAGAUAGUGCAUCAUUACAUUGACAAGGGAUUUAGAGCAAUUGAAAAACUUCUGGAAGGAUGUGACAGUAAAUUUGCUACUGGAGAUGAAGUCCAACUGGCGGACGUGUUCCUUGCGCCCCAGAUACACGCUGGCAUGACGCGCUUCGACAUCGACAUGUCGAAAUAUCCACAUUUGGAGAGAUUUUACAAAGCAUACAUGGAAAUCCCAGCAUUUCAAGCGGCACGCCCUGAAAACCAGCCAGACGCGCCUUCGCUCCCUCAGUGAAAAAUGCAGCUAUUUUUCGAGGCGUUUGUACUUUGUAAUAAAACUCUGAGGUUCUUCUGGUGUCCAUGGAUGUACAAGAAGCUCGGUCUUGUAGAAGUGAAUUAGUUGAGAAUAAUGCAAUUCCCCUCAAUGGGAAAAGAAUAUCAGGCUGCAGUUGAUUUAUCUGUAUGUGCACUUCAGGUAAAGCAGGGCAGUCCAGUACUCUAUCAGUGUGCUCAUGAGUAAUAAAAUUGGAAUGUCGUCUGUGUGUA